AUGGAUUUGCAAGGAUCUUCAGUUAAGUAUCUUGUAACCAAGGUUAAACAAGAUCUCUUAGCGUCAUCACAGGUUGAUGUUUAUGGUCUUGUACCUCCUUCUCCUUACGACACUGCUUGGCUCUCAAUGGUUUCCAACCCUCAACACUCAGAUCAACCAUUGUUUCAGGGGUGCUUGGAUUGGGUGCUCCAACACCAAAACAGAGGAGGCUUCUGGGGUGAGAAUAUUGGUCAUCCCACUUUAGAGUGCCUCACUUCAACUCUUGCUUGCAUUGUUGCACUUAUCACAUGGAAUGUUGGUCACGAUGCCAUUCAGAAAGGGUUGGCAUUCAUCCAUGGAAACACAGAGAGGCUCUUGGAAGAGCAGAAUGGUUCUUUUCCUGAGUGGUUUGCAAUAGUUUUCCCAGCAAUGAUUGAACUUGCAGAGACCAAAGGAUUACAUGUUUACUUUUCUAAUGGGCUGGUAGAACAAGUCUUCCUAGAGAGACAAGAAAUAUUGCAAACGCGCAGGUGGGUGUCUGGUUGUGGUCAGCAACAGUAUUAUCCAGCACUCAUGUUACAAUAUCUUGAAGACGGGUUAAUCCAAUCCCCAUCAGCCAUUGCAUAUGCUUUCAUGAAGACAGGAAACAAGGAGUUUUUGGUGAAACAUGUGGUUAUGGAAGUACGUCGUUGCACGUUUACAGUUCCUGCGGUCUACCCCUUGGAUGAAGACCUUGUAAACAUUCUUCUAAUUAACCAGAUUGAGACGCUGGGGUUAGCAGAGCAUUUCAUGGAGGAGAUUAAAAGUUUGCUGGCCCAAGUUUACAGAAGUUGCAUAAGCUGCAAAGAAUCAAAGAGUAUGGGAAAGCAUGCAAUCCCACUACAACUUUAUACACAUGCUCUCUCAUUUCGACUUCUAAGACUAUAUGGUUAUAGAGUUUCUCCUCGGAAGUUCUGCAGGUUCCUAGAGGAUGAAGAUAUAGUGACGUACAUAGAAGAGUACCAUGAGCUUUUUUUGAGUGCCAUGUAUAAUGUAUACAGGGCAACUGAUGUUACUUUUACUGGAGAAAAUCAACUUGAGGAUGCCAGGGCAUUCUCAAGAAGAAUUCUAGAAAAGGAAACAAUGAAAAAUUGUACGAAUUUGGUCCGACCUAUUAGUUUGACUAAUUUGCAAGGUCAGAUUAAGCAUGAACUUAGUAUCCCAUGGCUUGCUCGGUUGGAUCAUCUAGAGCACCGGAGGUGCAUUGAGAGGAAAGAAACUCUUGGUCCAUGGACAGGAAACUCCUUAUCCUAUAGAUUAUUAGCUUGUCAAAGCAAUGCCAUGCUGCUACAACUUGCCAUUGAGAAUUAUACCCUAAGACAGUCCAUAUUCAGAAAUGAAUUAAAGGAGUUAGAAAGGUACUCAUGGGAGCCAAAAGGCCUGACUGGACAUGGCAAAACUAUAUUCAAUGCUCUCAAAGAUUUUGUUGACGACAUUUCUGGGAAAUUCUUCAAUAAAAAUGGAUAUGACAUAAAGGCAUAUCUCCAGGAUCUAUGGUGCCAAACCUUUGCAAGCUGGUUAAAGGAAGCAGAGUGGAGCAGAAAUGGGCAUGCCCCAUCAACAGUUGAGUACCUCCAAGUGGCCGCAACCUCUAUUGCUUCACAUACUAUUCUUCUUCCAGCUGCUUUUCUGCUUUAUCCACCUCCAGAAAUAGACAUCCUCAAGAAAAGGCAGCCACUUACAAAUUCACUUAUGCUUUUAACAAGGCUUUUGAAUGAAAUUAGAAGCUACCAGAAGGAGCAAGAGGAGGGAAAGCCAAACCUUGUUCUGCUAUACAUGAAGGAGAAUCCAAAUUUGGGGGUUGAAGAAUCAAUAGCAAUUAUACAGAAGACAUUGGAUGAAAAGAAGAAAGAGUUUCUAGAACUGGCUCUGAUUAGUGAUGAAAUGCCAGAAGCAUGCAAACAACUUCACCUUCACUGCCUCAAAGCAUUUCAGAUGUUUUUCAAUUCUACAAAUGCAUUUGACUCCCCAACAGAAAGCAAUUUUUGA